AUGGAGGAUAACGCGGAGAUUUCUGGUCUCGCCCUGGAACUGUCGGAUCUUGAAGUCGCUCUCUUUCUCUGUCUCGCGGUCCACGAACACUGCCGUAUUGACACUACCGAGGCUAACAUCCAUGACGUCGCAAAGGAGCUCGCCCUGAUAUGCACCAACACAUUCGGCCUCUCCUACAGUAUAUUGGACUGCUCCAGUGCUACGUCCUUUGAUGACUUUUGCGCCGAGUUACUCCCUCCCGAGGCUCACCGGAGCAGCAAUGUCCGUCCUUCGCGCUCCCGGAUGACCACCGCGUCUUCCGGGACGAUAUCCUCAUUUCAUGAUUUCCGAGAUCUCAAAGGUCGCUUCGGAUCAAGUACCUUGCAGCAUAAGCAGGUCGUCAACGUCGUGAUCGCUAAGAACUUCAACCAUGUGAACGACAACAUACAGCGUGAAGCUCUCGAGUUAAUGCACUCGAAGCAACUCACCACUCAAGCGGGAAUCUUGGAAGCACCAGCCACUUUCAUAUUCCUACCCCUGAUAGUGCGCGACACAGAGCAGGACCAACCAUUGAACCCUCAUUUAAACGACUAUAUCUUCAUCUCCCACUUCCAUGACACCCCCGACGGCUACGUCUACCUAGAAGACACCAAUGACUGGCUAUCCGACGGACAAAUGUCCGCCUCAUCCGUCAUCCACAAAACAGAUGCUCAGAUGAAGAAAAGCCAUCCGAAUAUCGACCGCACGCUCCUCGACAAACUGCACCGAUUAAGCAACUCGGUGAGUGUAGGCGCCGAUAUAACCCGGUAUCAACAAGACAUUGUCGUGUUUCUUCGACUCAGUCGCGCAGUGUCGGGGGGUAUAUCUACGCGGUCGAAUCUACAUUUCAAGUUGUUCUCGACUCUCCUCGCCGUAUUACACGGAAUCGACUAUCUCACGCCCUCGAUUGUCGCUCUAGCAGCAAAGAAAGUUUUCCGACAUCGGAUCAUCGUGGCCAAGCCCGAGGAAGAUCGAAGCCUGCAGUACGGAAGCGAUCUAAUAGCCGUGUCACAGGUGCUGGAGUACGCGAAUCCGGAUUCUAUAUUAGACGGCGUACUUACGCUGGAGGCGCCCCUGUAACAACAUUUCUAUCACAUAAAAGCAUAUCAACAAUCCAAACAACUUUAUAUACACG